AUGGGCUCUCCCCGGGCCCGAGCACAAAAAGCCCUGGCAUCCACGGGAGGAAGGAGCGUUCAGGCGGCAUGUGACUGGCUCUUCUCUCACGUGGGUGACCCCUUCCUGGAUGACCCCCUACCCCGCGAGUAUGUGCUCUACCUCCGCCCCAAUGGCCCAUUGGGGCAGAAGCUGUCGGACUUCUGGCAGCAGUCGAAGCAACUAUGUGGGAAGAACAAGGCACACAACAUCUUCCCUCAUAUCACCCUCUGCCAGUUCUUCAUGUGUGAGGACAGCAAGGUGGAUGCUCUGGGAGAGGCCCUGCAGGCCACAGUCAGCCGCUGGAAGUGCAAAUUCUCAGCGCCUCUGCCUCUGGAGCUCUACACCUCUUCCAACUUCAUCGGCCUCUUCGUGAAGGAGGACAGCGCCGACAUCCUCAAGAAGUUCGCUGCUGACUUCGCUGCAGAGGCUGCGUCCAAGACCGAAGUCCACGUGGAACCUCAUAAGAAGCAACUGCAUGUGACUCUGGCUUAUCACUUUCAAGCCAGCCACCUCCCCACCCUGGAGAAAUUAGCCCAGAGCAUCGAUGUCAAGCUAGGCUGUGACUGGGCCGCCACCAUCUUCUCACGGGAUAUCCGCUUUGCGAAUCAUGAGACGUUACAGGUAAUCUACCCCUACACCCCGCAGAAUGAUGACGAGCUGGAACUGGUCCCCGGGGACUUCAUCUUCAUGUCUCCCAUGGAGCAGACCAGCACCAGCGAGGGCUGGGUCUACGGCACGUCUCUGGCCACCGGCUGCUCGGGCCUCCUGCCCGAGAAUUACAUCAGCAAGGCGGACGAGUGCAGUACCUGGAUAUUUCAUGGCUCCUAUUCCAUCCUGAGCACGUCAACUUCCGGGGCAUUCUCCUUCACUGACGGGGCCUUGGAGAGGCGGCAGUAUGAGGAUCAGGGCCUGGGGUCAGACUCCAGCCCCCUGACUCUCGUCUGCCAUCCCACACAGCCCCUGAGGGUCAGCAGCCAGGCAGGCCCCCAGAAGCGAUGCCUGUUUGUGUGCCGGCAUGGGGAGAGGAUGGACGUCGUAUUCGGGAAGUACUGGCUGUCCCAGUGCUUUGAUUCCAAAGGCCGCUACAUCCGCACCAACCUGAACAUGCCCCCCAGCUUACCUCAGCGGAGCGGCGGCUUCCGGGAUUAUGAAAAGGACGCGCCCAUCACUGUGUUCGGAUGCAUGCAGGCUCGACUCGUGGGUGAAGCCUUGCUAGAGAGCAACACGGUUAUCGACCAUGUGUACUGCUCCCCAUCCCUGCGCUGCGUGCAGACGGCCAACAACAUCCUGAAAGGUCUACAACAAGAAAAUCACUUGAAGAUCAGAGUAGAGCCUGGCUUGUUUGAGUGGACAAAAUGGGUUGCGGGAAACACGUUACCUGCAUGGAUUCCCCCAUCCGAGUUAGCAGCCGCCAACCUGAGUGUGGACACAACCUACAGACCUCACAUCCCAGUCAGCAAGUUAAUAGUUUCAGAACCUUAUGACACAUACAUCAAUAGAAGUUUUCAAGUAACAAAGGAAAUAAUAAGUGAAUGUAAGAGUAAAGGAAACAACAUCCUGAUCGUGGCCCACGCCUCUUCUCUGGAAGCCUGUACCUGUCAGCUCCAGGGCCUGUCACCUCAGAACUCCAAGGACUUUGUACAAAUGGUCCGAAAGAUCCCCUACCUGGGAUUUUGCUCCUGUGAAGAACUGGGGGAAACUGGACUGUGGCAGCUAACAGACCCCCCCAUCCUUCCUCUCACCCACGGACCAACUGGAGGAUUCAACUGGAGAGAAACACUGCUACAGGAGUAGCCUGCACGGGAGGAGUGUCUCUGCGUGUUUGGUAACAGUGGGGAAUUGGCACCACUUGCUAAGCAGACAGCCAGGAAUCAUCUAGCAUUUUCCUACCUGGCUCACCAGUGCUCGUGAGGCGCCUACAUAAAGCAGAGAAGACUCGGUGCCAGCUAAGAUUCCUUCUCUCUGAGCUCUUGCCUGGCCAACGAGGCAUGGCAGAUCCUGCUUCCUCAUUGGGCAGGCAAGGAGGUGCCAUUUGCCUUCUGUCCUGGGUAACCUGGCCAAGAAGCCUGCGUCUGCCAAAGGGAACUAGAGAAGAAUAUGGAGUUGGGCUAGAAUCCAGCCCCAGUGGCAGUGAAUAGCCAGCUCCUUGGUAGAAAUUGCUUUUGUUUGUUUGUUUGUUUGUUUGUUUCUAAUGCCACUUUCCAAUUAGGCAAACAGAAGCUGAGGGUUCUAAGAAGUGGGUCCCUGAAGAGAACAGAUCUGAGGUUACACCUGACAUUCUACCCUCUCUACCACCCUGCACCCUAUGGCUGUUGGCUUCCCAAAACCUUCUUCCCUGGGACCAACCACGUUUUCUUUACCCAGGCUCCGGCUUUUGGCUACAGCCCUCCUGCCUCCCAGCCCUAGCUUUUAUCUGUGAAAUGGGGAGACAGAACCCUUUUUGCUCUCCAAAGCACUUUUAGAUACUCAGGAGGAAGAGAAACAUGAAAGAUUCAAUUCCAGGAGCCAAGAACUUGUAAAACACCAAGAGAGACUCACUUGGAAAUUGCCUGAUUUGUUGGUCCUUGCCUCUCGGAGUUUAGACAGUUCUUGUUUGUGGAGAUGGAUAUUGGUCAGGAGCAUGUGCUUCCGAUGUGAUCCAAGUCAGCAAGAAGCUCAUUCUUGUGCAAUAGGGGUCAUCUUCCCCAACUAUAUAUACCAAGGGCCAUCAGACUUGGCAAGGAACAUCAACCAUGGAGAACCUUCCCGGUCACACCAGGGAACACCAGAGAUGGCGUUGACGUCAGAGAACUGAUUUCAGGGAUGACCCAUCACAACUGCACAGCUUUCAUUUCUAUCAGUUUGCUUUUCUAUACUAAUUUAAAUGAGGAAAAAUGGAGAGUACCACCCACCUGGGGUUUCUCCUCAUGCCUGCUUCCUGGAGUUAGAGGGAGUCUAUUUAAAAGAACCAAUAAAUGACAAUCAAACAGCAA